AUGAGGCCCCAGGUGAUCCUGAUUCUGACCAAACUCUACGACUUCCACAUCGGCAGCGUCACCGAGAGCUCGCUCUGGAGGUCGACGGACUUCGGAUCUACAUACGAGAGGAUGAACGACAAGAUUGGGUCCAAGACGGUGCUCAGCUACCUGUACAUCUGUCCGUCCAACAAGCGCAAGAUCAUGGUGUUGACGGACCCGGAGUUCGAGAGCAGCGUCCUGAUCAGCGCGGACGAAGGAGCGAGUUACCAGAAAUACCGUCUGUCCUUCUACGUCCAGAGUCUGCUGUUCCACCCGACGGAGGAGGACUGGGCUCUGGCCUACAGCCACGACCAGAAGCUCUACAGCUCCGUGGACUUUGGCAGGAAGUGGCAGCUGAUGCACGAACAUGUCACCCCCAACCGCUUCUACUGGUCUGUUGCCGGUCUUGACGAGGACCUGGAUCUGGUCCACAUGGAGGCCCACACCCCGGAUGGAAACGUGCAGUACGUCACCUGCCGGGCCCAGACCUGCUCCAGGACCGACCGGAACCAGCCGUUCCCCGGACACAUCGACAUCAGCUCCCUGGUGGUGCAGGACGACUACAUCUUCAUCCAGGUUCCAGGUUCAGGACGAGCCACCUACUACGUCUCCUACAAGAGAGAUUCCUUCAUCGAGAUCAAGCUUCCCAAAUAUUCCCUGCCCAAGGAUCUGCACAUCGUCAGCACCGACGAGAAGCAGGUGUUUGCGGCGGUGCAGGAGUGGAACCAGAACGACACGUACAACCUCUACCUGUCCGACACCAGGGGCAUCUACUUCACCCUGGCCAUGGAGAACGUGAAGACCACCCGGGGCGUCGGCGGGAACCAGAUGCUGGACUUGUACGAGGUCUCGGGGAUCCGGGGGAUGCUGAUCGCCAACAGGAAGCAGGACCAGCAGGUGAAGACCUUCAUCACCUACAACAAGGGGCGGGACUGGCGGCUCCUGCAGGCCCCGCCCACCGACCUGGAGGGAAACGACAUCCACUGCAUCCUGCCGUUUUGUUCCCUCCAUCUUCAGCUACAAGCGUCAGAAAACCCGUACGUUUCUGGAACAAUCUCCACCAAGAGCUCGUCACCAGGAAUCAUCGUAGCCACAGGAAACAUCGGAGCGGAACUGUCCUACAACAACGUCGGCACGUUCGUGUCCUCGGACGCUGGAAACAGCUGGAGGCCGAUCUUUGAGGAGGAGCUCAACAUCUGGUUCCUGGACAGAGGAGGAGCCCUGGUGGCCGUGAAGCAGCCGUCCGUUCCCACCAGACAUCUGUGGGUCAGCUUCGAUGAGGGCGGGACCUGGACCCAGCACAGCUUCUCCUCCGUCCCUCUGUUCGUGGACGGGGUCCUGGUGGACGCCGGCGCCGACAACCAGAUCAUGACAUUCUUCGGUCACUUCAGCCACCGGUCCGAGUGGCAGCUCAUCAAGAUCGACUACCGCUCCGUCUUCAGCAGGAAGUGCACGGAGGAGGAUUACCAGACGUGGCACCUGCACAACCAGGGCGAGCCGUGCGUCAUGGGCCAGAAACAGAUCUACAUGAAGCGCCGGCCUGGGAACUAUUGCAUGCUGGGAAAGGACUACUCCAGGAUCCUGUCGGCCGAGUCGUGCAUCUGCCGAGCUCACGACUUCCAAUGCGACUACGGAUAUGAACGCCGCAGCGACGGGAACUGCCGGCCGGCGUUCUGGUUCAACCCGUGGUCGGCGUCGCGGAGCUGCAGCCAGGGCCACAACUACCUGAACAGCACCGGGUACCGUAAGGUGGUGCUAAACAACUGCACCAGGGGCGUGAAGGACAUGUACGAGGCCCGGAGGCAGCAGUGCCCCCACCGGCCCCCCAAGGGGCUGCUGCUGAGCACCGGGGACGGACGACUGACCGCCAACGUGGGAACCAACGUCACCUUCCUGGUGCAGCUGGACCAGGGCGACUCCAUGCGGACCAACAUCCAGCUGGACUUCGGCGACGGCACGGCGGCAUCGUACUCCAACCUCAGCUGGUCCCAGGAGGGCAUCAAACACGUGUACCGGAACGCCGGAAUCUUCCGGGUGACGGCACUGGCCGAGAACCCGCUGGGCCACGACAGCAGCACGCUCUUCCUGCACGUCACAUGUCCAGCCGAGGUGGUGCAGCUCGUCGCCCCCUUCGUGGUCGUCAGGAACAAGGAGGUGAACAUCACGGCGGUCGUUCUGCCCAGCCAGUCCCGCACCGUCACCUACUUCUGGUGGCUGGGGAACAACUCCGAGCCUCUGAUCACGCUGGACGGCAGCGUCUCCUACACCUUCACCAGGGAAGGUCUUCACUCCAUCACGGUCCAGGUCUCUGCAGCCAGCAGCAUCCUGCAGGACUCCAGGACCAUCGCAGUCCGAGGCUUCUUCAAGUCUCUGCUUCUGUCCUUCUCCCCGAACCUGGACGAGUUCAACCCCGACAUCCCGGAGUGGCGGCAGGACGUGGGGAGGGUCAUCAAGAAGGCUCUGCUCAGGGUGUCGGACUAUCCGGAGGAGCAGCUCUUGGUGGCCGUAUUCCCGGGUGUUCCUACGGCUGCAGAGCUCUUCCUGUUGCCCAGCAGGAAUCAAUCGGAGGGCAGGAGAAAGAGUGAGCAGGAGCUGGAGGAGGCGUCCGGCGUCAUCGUCAGCGCCUUGAACCAGAACCUGGUGGAGUUCGAGCUCAAGCCCGGCGUCAGAGUGAUUGUUUACAACACGCAGCUAACGCUCGCCCCGCUGGUGGACUCCAGCCCCCGACACAGCAGCUCAGCCAUGCUCAUGCUGCUGUCCGUGGUGUUCCUGGGCCUCGCCGUCUUCCUCAUCUACAAGUUUAAAAGAAAAAUCCCCUGGAUUAACAUUUACGCCGAGGUGAACCAGGAGAAGGAGCAGGAGAUGAUCGGCUCGGUGGGCCAGGGAGACACCACACCCAAAAUCACCCUGAGUGAGUUCGCCACCACCAAAGAGCUGCUGGAGAAGGAGCUGGACGCCCGAGUCAAGAGAGGAGUCGGCAACGCCUGCGAGACCCGGGAGAUCCCCAACUGCACCAGCGUGUAACCCGACCCCGGCGUGCAACCGGGCACCCGCGGGUAACCGGGCACCCGCGGGUAACCGGGCACCCGCGGGCGAUGAGCAAACGGAGACGCGGCGGCUCUCUCCAUUUUGUAAUUAUCACCAGGACUGAUGUGAAUAGUUUUCUAAAAAGACGUUGUUUCUACGGAGUUUAAACAUCUCUGUGAUCCCAGUUCUGUGGACGUAAAAACGCUGCAACAACAACCUUCACCUGCCAGUCAAAGGUCUGGACUGGAGGAGUUCUGUAUCAUAAUAUCCGGAGAAGUUUGUAAAAUCAGCUCUGCAUCUGUGUCUGAAAUGUACCAUACGAUCUUCUGUUCUGCUCUUUGUAUAUAAUCUUAUUUCUAAGUGCUUGUGGUCUCCAUGGCAACAGCAGGAGACUGACGACGGUCUUCUGCAGAAAGAAAGUGUGUGAAAAAGCUCCGUAAAGACUCCAUUCUGCUUCGCCGACUUCGUCCUCGACUUGUGCAUGUUCUUACCGAGGACUCUUGUGUCGUAGAUAAGAAAAGUGUUGUAAAUAGUGUUUUUUUUUUGUAAAAGCUUUCAGUCAACAAGCCGGUUCAUUCUGCCGUCGGUUUCCACGGUUACGGAAACGUUUAUCUGUACGAGCAGGAAGAUCCGUAGCAACGUUUGAGAGGUUUCUCUCUGCAGAUAAAACGAGUGUCAACGAGGAGCAGAUCAAGUCUGAAACAAA